AUGGCGAAAGAUUCCACCACCAUUGAUGUAGGCGAGCCAAGCACUGUGAACAAAAGUACAAGCCAUGUUGAAGUGGGUGGGAAGAUUAAGAAGAAGAGCUUCGUGGCCGCAGCCACCACGGGAGGAAGCAAGAGAGGUUUGGCCAUAUUCGAUUUCCUCCUCCGUUUGGCGGCCAUAGCAGCCACACUCGCAGCUUCCAUUGUCAUGUUCACCGCCGAGGAAACUCUUCCCUUCUUUACUCAGUUCUUGCAGUUCCAAGCCGGUUACGACGACCUUCCCACAUUUCAGUUCUUUGUGAUCGCCAUAGCCAUUGUCGCCGGCUAUCUCGUCCUCUCACUUCCUAUCUCCAUCGUAACGAUUGUCCGUCCACACGCCGUCGCUCCACGACUGAUCCUCCUCAUACUCGAUACCGUGGUCGUGACGCUUCUCACAGCAGCAGCAGCUUCUUCAGCAGCAAUAGUAUACCUUGCACACAAUGGCAACCAAAGCACCAAUUGGCUCCCAAUCUGCCAGCAGUUUGGAGAUUUCUGCCAGACCGUGAGCAGCGCGGUUGUAGCCGCUUCUAUCGCCAUUGUCUUCUUCCUCAUCCUCAUCAUCAUCUCCGCCAUCGCCCUCAAAAGGCAUUGA